AUGACGGGCAUUGUGAUCUCAAUGAUUCUUGUGCUAGCCGUGCUUAACCUAAUGGUGCAUCAAGGGGAGGCAGUAGACUGCAGACAAGUGACGACGUUGUUGAUGCCUUGUGAUCCAUACUUGACUGGCAUGGCAGCUGAACCCGUAGGGAAGUGCUGCAGUGGGGUUAGUGAGAUCAAGGCACUUACCCCGACCACGGAGGACAGGCAGGGUGCCUGUGAAUGUGUUAAGACCGCCGCUGGUCACUUACCCGAUAUUGAUCAGACAGCAGCUGCUGCACUCCCAAGCAAGUGUAAAAUAGAUAUCGGAAUUCCAAUCUCACCAGAUACCAACUGUCAGGAGUAA